GUAUGAUGACAGCCAGCAGGAAAUUCAAUGAGAUCUGAUGCUCCAAAGAGUUCUGCAAAAAGAGACACUCGGAGCAAGUCUGUGUCUCAACAGAAAAAAAAAGAGAGUUUUGCAUAACUUUCUGUGUUCGGUGCAUUUCCAGUUACCACCAGGAAGUCCAAGACAAAAGGCGAUAUAGACUUAAUUUUUAUUUUUCAAAUAUGUUUUUAUAAUUUUAAAAAUUUCUUAAACGUGCAGCACCCAAGACUGAGUGUACCCGUUCGCAUGUCACACACAUGUAGAGAACCGAUUGUGAUUGUGUCCCAGCAGCCCGCGGGAUGGCUCAAGAGUGCAGGAUGCAGUACGAACCCGUGGCAGAGAUCGGUGGCGGCGCCUACGGCACAGUCUACAAGGCCAGGGACCGCCAGAGCGGCAAGUUCGUGGCCCUGAAGAGCGUGAGGGUCCAGACUGACCAGGACGGGCUGCCCCUGUCCACCGUCCGAGAGGUGGCCUUGCUCAAGAGGCUGGAGCAGUUUGACCACCCGAACAUCGUCAAGUUAAUGGAUGUUUGCGCUACAAUCCGGACAGACCAGGAGACCAGGGUGACUCUGGUCUUUGAGCACGUUGAUCAGGACUUGAAAACAUACCUGGAGAAAGCACCUGCCCCUGGACUGCCUGCAGAGAGAGUAAAGGACUUGAUGAAGCAGUUCCUGUGCGGCCUGGCUUUCUUGCACUCGAACCGCGUGGUCCAUCGCGACCUGAAGCCCGAGAACAUCCUGGUGACCAGCCGCGGACAGGUCAAGCUGGCGGACUUCGGCCUGGCGCGCAUCUACAGCUGUCACAUGGCGCUCACCCCAGUGGUUGUGACUCUGUGGUAUCGCUCCCCCGAAGUGCUGCUCCAGUCCACCUACGCCUCCCCUGUCGACAUCUGGAGCACCGGCUGCAUUUUCGCUGAGAUGUUUCGACGGAAACCUCUGUUCUGUGGAGAUUCUGAGGUCGAUCAGUUAGGAAAGAUUUUUGAUCUGAUUGGUCUGCCUGUGGAAGGGGAGUGGCCGUCUGAUGUCACAGUACCGCAGAACGCAUUUCAAAACCGGACCCCCCGACCCAUUGAAGACUACGUGCCUGAAAUUUGCUCGCAAGGAGCAGAGCUGCUAUCGCAAAUGCUAACAUUCAACCCACUGAGACGAAUCUCUGCAUUGAAAGCAUUAGACCACCCAUACUUCCAUGAGGGCUGACCGUUUGAACUUGGGGGGGGGGGGGGGGAGGGAAAGGGGGGAGCAAUUUUGCUGAACAGGCUUGCAAGGAACAAUUAUUUUCAAAAGACAAAACCUGAAAUUUGCAGACUGAUCACUAGGCUACUGUUUGGGGGAAACUGCAGUGGACUCUGACUUAACAGGAAGUGACAUAACUGGGAGCCCAUCACAGCAGAGGAACACAAAAGGAGAGGGCAUUCAGGUCGCCUCGCCAACUGAAGCGACAGUGUUUUAGUACGAUUGUUCAAAAGGAAGUCGAAGCAAGAAAGACAGAUGUGUGUGUGUGUAUACAACAUGUGUUCUAUGGAAAUGUAGCAUUAUAGUUUGUCAAGUUACAGUCUAGAAUCUGAUAGAUUUUUAAAUGUGUGUAUCCAGAUCUAGUGCUUGACCGCUACAAACGACCUCAAACUAGGGAAAGGUUUAGGAAUUUCUUACCACAGACAUGUAAUAAAAAAAAGAUUCAGUUGCCGCGCUGUAGAAAGCAGGAUGUUGCAAAAAUAAGAUGACAUUUAAGAUGCCUGCUAAGCAAAAUGCCUUACAGAAGGGCGAUCGUGAUCUACAGCAGGGUCUCCAACCCUGGUCCUGGAGAGCUACUGGGAUGUCGUGGUUUUUGAUUCAACCACUUUAUUGAACCAAUUAUUGGCUUAGUCAAGAUGAACAGGUGCUCCAGAUCUUUAGCCAUUGAUGAUGUAAAGACAUCUAUAAAACCUGCAGGAUAGGGGCUCUCCAGGACCAGGGUUGCAGACCCCAGAUCUACAGCUAAACAAAAUGCCAAUAUUCCAGGUGGUUCUUGAGCUUCUCUCUUUGGGACUGUUACACUACACAACGGUGGACUCAAUGUUACAGUGACCAAAGGCUAGUUACCAGAUUAUUAUUUUUUUGUAUAAUUUCUUUAUAUAGUAAUAAAAAUAUUAUUCUGUA